AUGGCCAAUCUCACUGUGGUGACAGGAUUCCUCCUCAUGGGCUUUUCCAACAUCUGGGAACUACAGCUCUUUUUAAUGGUGUUGUUUUCAGCAUCAGAGCUUUUUCUCCUCACAGUGAUGUCCUAUGACCGCUAUGUGGCCAUUUAUCAGCCCCUUCACUAUGAAUUCAUCAUGACUAGAGGGGCUUGUGUGAAGAUGGCAGCUGCUUCCUGGCUCAGUGGAGGUUUGUUUGGGGCCAUAUAUUCAACUAGUAUAUUCACUUUGCACUUCUGUGGCUCCAAGGACAUCCACCAGUUCUUCUGUGAUGUCCCUUCCUUGCUCCAGACCUCCUGCUCUGAAACGCACCUUGCAGUUGAUGUCCCUGUGGCUUUUGGGACUGGUACAGCAGUUUUCUGCUCUAUUUACAUCACAAUCUCUUACAGUCACAUCUUCUCAACUGUCCUGAAGAUGCCAACCAGAGAGGGGAGGUCAAAAGCCUUCUCCACUUUCCUGGCCCACCUCAUUGUUCUCACGGUUUUUAUCACCACAGCUGUCAUUGCUUAUCUAAUGCUACCCCAGGAAUCUGACUCACUUCUAGAUCUGUUGUUGCCCAUGUUGUAUACAGUGGUGCCCCCAACCAAGAACCCAAUCAUCUAUAGUCUGAAGAACAAGGACAUGAAGACUGCUUUGAUGAAACUCAUAGACUGGGAACAAUUAUCAAAAGGAUUAAUACCAAAGUCUUUUCCAUGA